CGCCAUCCUCCCAUGCUGGUGAAUGAUCUGUUUGAAGAUAUCAAAGAUGGGGUAAUGCUAAUAGCCCUUCUGGAGGUUCUUUCAGGGCAGAAGCUGCCUUGUGAGCAGGGACGGCAGCUGAAGAGAAUUCACUGGGUUGCCAACAUUGGCACAGCUCUUAAGUUUCUAGAAGGAAGACGGAUUAAGCUUGUCAACAUAAAUUCAACUGAUAUUGCUGAUGGAAGGCCUUCUAUUGUGCUUGGCUUGGUGUGGACCAUAAUUUUGUAUUUUCAGAUUGAAGAGCUUACCAGCAACCUCCCACAGCUGCAGUCAUUGUCUAGCAGUGCUUCUUCUGUGGAGAGUGUUGUCGGUUCAGAAACUGCGAGUCCCCCAAGCAAGCGGAAGGUGGUAACCAAGGUCCAAGGAAGUGCCAGGAAGGCUUUGUUAAAAUGGAUACAGUACACAGCAGCAAAGCAAGUUGGAAUUGAAAUCAAAGAUUUUGGACAGAGCUGGAGGAGUGGUGUUGCAUUUCAUUCUGUUAUUCAUGCUAUCCGCCCGGAUUUAGUGGACAUGGAGAAAGUGAGGGGAAGGUCAAAUAGAGAAAACCUGGAAGAAGCCUUCACACUUGCAGAAGCAGAACUAGGAAUUCCAAGGCUCCUUGAUCCAGAAGAUGUGGAUGUUGACAAGCCAGAUGAAAAGUCUGUUAUGACCUAUGUAGCACAGUUUUUGAAGUACUAUCCUGAUCCUCAUCAUACAGUACCUGACGUGCAGGAGCCUGAUAGGGAAGACAGACUGAUGCUGAGAGACUUGAAAGUGUGGGCAGAACAAUUUGAAAGAGACUUAGCCCGAGCACAGGUGGCAGAAACAAGCUUACAGGAAAAAUAUCAGUCAUUUAAGCAUUUCAGAAUACAAUAUGAGGUAAAAAGGAAACCGGUUGAACUUGUAAUCCAGUCGUUAAGGAAAGAUGGUAAAUUAUCACUCGAUCAAGCUAUGGUGAAGCAAGCAUGGGACAGAGUUUCUUCCAGGCUACUUGAUUGGCACAUACACCUUGAUAAAUCUCUUCCUGCACCUUUGGGUACCAUAGGUGCUUGGCUCUAUAGAGCAGAGGCUGCUCUGAGGGAAGAAGUAACUGUUCACCAAACUCAUGAGGAAACAGCAAAUACAAUACACCGGAAGCUUGAACAACAUAAGGAUCUGCUGAAAAACAUAGAUGCUCACAAAAAGGCAUUCCAUGAGAUCCAUGGAGCCAGAUCUGUUAACGGAGUGCCUAUUCCAUCUGACCAAUUAGAGGAUAUGGCAGAGAGGUUUAAUUUUGUUGUCUCUUCAUCUGAGCUCCAUCUGUUGAAGAUGGAGUUUCUGGAACUGAAGUACCGUCUACUGUCACUCUUAGUCCUUGCAGAAUCAAAGUUAAAAUCAUGGAUUAUCAAAUAUGGAAGGCGAGAGUCAGUGGAACUACUUCUUCAAAAUUAUAUUUCUGUUAUUGAAAAUAGUAAGUUCUUUGAGCAGUAUGAAGUUACUUACCAGAUCUUGAAAAGAGCAGCUGAAAUGUAUGCCAAAGCAAAUGGCUCAGUGGAAGAAGUUGAGAAUGUGAUGAAAUUCAUGAGUGAAACAACAGCACAGUGGAGGAACCUCUCAGUAGAGGUGAGAAGUGUAAGAAGCAUGUUGGAAGAAGUAAUUGCUAAUUGGGACAGAUACAGUAGCACUGUGGCAGGUCUACAAGCUUGGCUGGAAGAUGCUGAAAAAAUGCUGAAUCAGCCUGAACAUUCUAAAAAGGAUUUCUUCAGGCACUUACCUCAUUGGAUCCAACAGCACACAGCCAUGAAUGAUGCUGGUAAUUUUCUGAUUGAAACAUGUGAUGAGACUAUUUCCAGAGACCUUAAACAGCAGCUUCUGUUACUAAAUGGAAGAUGGAGAGAAUUGUUUAUGCAAGUUAAGCAGUAUGCUCGAGCAGAUGAACUGGACAAAAUGAAGAAAGAAUACUUGGAUGGUGUUACCCAUUUGACUACUUUUAUUGAUGGAAGCAAUAAGAAAUUUUCAGUCCCUGUAGAAGUGUCCUUCCUUGAUGUCAAAAUGUUUGUACGAGAUUUAGAAGAUAUUAAGCAGAAAUUGCCUGCGAUGGAAGCUCAGUACAAAGUGGUUACAAGAACAGCACAACUUGUUACAAAAGAAGUUCCCGAAGAGGAAGGGAAUGAAAUGCUUGGAACUUUGGCGAGGAUCAAAGAGCAGCUUAGCAAGGUUAAGGAAUACUCCUGUGCCCUGCUGUAUGAAUGCCAGCGUCUGUUGUCUCCAUUGGAAGAACUGGAGAAACAAAUCACACAUUUUUAUGAAUCUCUUGAAAAAGUCAAUGAAAUAAUUUCUAUCCUGGAUCCUGAAGCGCAACCUACAACUAUUCUUAAACAAAAAGCCCAAGAUUUGGUAGCUUAUCAAGAAAACUGCAAGAAAGAUUUGUCCCUGAUUGAGAGAAACAGUCAGAGUAUCCUUCAGUGUGUGGCUUCAAGUGAAGUGUCACAGCAUUUCCAUCAGUCAACAUUUCAGAGGAAAGUUACACAAGUUCAGAUUACUUUUCAGAAUAUGGUCAGGAAAGCUGGUGACUGGAGAAAAAACAUAGAAGCAAAUAGUCGUUUGAUGAAGAAAUUUGAAGAGUCUAGAGCAGAGCUGGAGAAAGUAAUACAGAUUGCCAAUUGUUGCUUAAAAGAAAAAGGAAAUCCUGAAGAACUUCUCAGGAGACAUAGUGAAUUCUUUAACCAGUUGGACCAAAGAGUCCUAAAUGCCUUCCUGAAGGCAUGUGAUGAACUCACUGACAUCCUUCCAGAGCAAGAGCAACACAACCUUCAGGAAGCUGUGAGAAAACUCCAUAGGCAGUGGAAGGAUCUUCAGACAGAAGCCCCAUAUCAUUUGAUCCACUUGAAGAUAGAAGUACAGAAGAGCAAGUUUCUGGUCACAGUGGAGGAGUGCAAAGCUGAACUAGCCCGACAGAACAAGGUGUUAUCAAGAGAAGGCAAUGAAAGGAUGAUCAAAGAACACAUGUUGUUCUUUGGUGACAAGGGACCUUACCAGCUGUGUGAGAAAAGGCUGCAACGGAUUGAAGAACUGUGCCAAAAACUGCCAGUUACUGAUCCAGUGAGGGCUGCAUUGGAGACUAGCCAACGAAUCCUGAAGGAGCUCAAAUCCCAGAUACACAGCACAUACGUAAAGUUAACAGAGCACUCAGACACCUGGAAGGCCUAUAAGAACAGAUUUUCUGAAUUGGCAAACUGGAUUUUGUCAACAGAAAGAGAGCUGAAGAAGAUAAAAGAAAGUGUAAAUGAUACUGCCAAAUACAAGCAAUUAAAAGCAUCCAUGGGGGAAAUUAGGAAGUGUAUUAACAAGCAAGGAGAAAAUCACAGCUGGCUGAAAUCUAGACUUGCUACUUUGACUGCAGUAUGUCCUGAUUUGGAGGCCAAAAAGACAGAGGAUGAGCUUUCUAAACUUUCCAGUGACUUCAAGGGACUCCUAGAUUUGCUGGCUGAGAUUGAAAAUACUUUAAGUACUGUUGGAGAAUGUGUCCAGUACAAAGAAGAAGUUAAAAGUGCAAUUGAAGAGUUAAUCAGCAACUCUAAAGAAGCCCAAGCAGAGGCUGAAAAGAUCCUGGAUACGGAAAGUUUAUUACAAGCUCAGCAACUACUACUUCAUCAUCAGCAAAGGACGAGGAGACUCCGUGCAAAGAGGCAAGAUGUGCAACAGCAGAUUUCCCAAGCUAAACAGCUGCAGAUUGAAGGUGGACUGCCCAGCACAAUGCAAGAGGAUUUACAGAAGCUGGAAGGAACUUUGGAGAACAUGCAGCAGACUAUGGAGAAGCGUGAAGAGCAACUGCAGGCCACAAUAAAUAAAUGGGAGCAGUUUGAAAGGGACAAAGAAACAGUAGUAAAGUAUCUCAAUCAAGCAAGCUCUGCACUUGAGCGUAUCUUAAACUUUAGCAGUUUAGAGAGCCUCUCCUCAGAACUGGAUCAGACAAAGGAACUUUCUAAACAGACUGAAGCAAUGGCAGUGCAGGCUGAGAAUCUGGUGAAGAAUUCUUCUGAGAUACAGCUUGGUUCAAAGAACAAGCAGUCCCUUCAGCAGCAGGCAAAAUCAAUCCAAGAACAAGUGAAAAAAGUAGAAGUUACUCUUGAAGAAGAUAUUAAAAGCAUGGAAAUGGUGAAAAACAAGUGGGAUCAUUUUGGCAGUAAUUUUGAAGCUCUGUCCAUCUGGAUAGCUGAACAAGAAAAAGAACUGGAAACUUUGGAAACUUCAUCAUCUCCUUUGGACAUACAGAUCAGCCAAAUCAAGGUUAUUAAUAAAGAAGUAGAUGGUAAAGUAACUGGAAUCUCAGAACUAGAAGAGGAAGCUGAGUCUUUUUCCAAAUUUAUUACCUCUGGAGAAUGCGCACAUAUUAAAGCCAAACUGACUCAGGUCAAAAGGUAUUGGGAAGAGCUAAGAGAUCAUGCACAGAGACUGGAAGGAACAAUCACGGGGAAUGUAUCAGCACAGCAGAAAUAUGAGGAAAGUCUUAAACAGGUGCAACAGGCAGUGUCUGAAUUUGAAGCUAAGCUAGCUGAGCCUCUCACAUCGUGCUCUUCAUCAUCAACAACAUAUACAACUCUUCAGGAUUGCAUGGACCUUUGUCACACUGUGGAAAAACUGAGCAACACUCUGGCCUCUCUCUCAGCCUGUGCCCGAAAGGUGGCCAACAAAGAAAAAGCCGCUCAGGAGGUUACAGGAUUACAGCAGAAAUAUGAAAAGGUGUUAAAAACUGCUAAAGAGAAACAGACCUUAUUAGAGACUCUUCUGGUUCAGUGGCAGAAGCAUGAGAAGGAGCUGUCUGCCUUCCUGACCUGGUUAGAGGAGUGUGAAGCCACAGCCAGGCCUUCAGAACAGUAUGUUUCUGCUGACAGAGUUAAACUGGAAGGCGAACUGCAGAUACUGCAGGAUCUGCAAGCAGAUAUUGAGUCCCAUGCUUCAGUCUAUGAAAGCCUGUUACAGUUAAAUGAGUCACUAUUCUCAACAGCUUCCAAACAAUGUGUGGAAACAGUAAAAGAAAAGUUUGAAGAGCUGGAUGAGAGGUGGAAAGCUUUACCGCAAACUGUUGCUAAAAGGAUCAACUUCCUUCAAUCUCUUGUUGCUGAACAUGGACAGUUUGAUGAGCUACUGCUCAGUUUUUCAGACUGGAUUAAGAAGUUUCUUGCUGAACUACAAGCCACUUCAGAGAUAAGCACAGCUGAUCAACAACUAGCUGCAUCUCACAAUAAGAACCACUCAAUGGAAGUCGAAAGUAAGAAACAGCAGUUGCAAAGUCUGAAGGAACAUGUAGAUAAAUUGUGUUCUUUCAGUUGCCUAGAAGACCAGCAGACAUUGCAGGGAAAGACUGAAGACUGCCUUCAGAUCUUCCAGGAGGCAAGUCAAAUAACUAGUCAAAGACAAGAGGCUCUGGAUAAGCUGCGAGUAUUCCUGGAGCUCCAUAGUGCUGCAUCAGGACUGCUCCACCAGCUGAGGCAGACAGUGGAGAAAACUGGAAAUAUGGAUAAAGCUAAAUCUGAAUUACUGGAGAAGGAUCUCAGUGAUGUUAUUCAAGAUAUUAAGAAGCUGGAAUCUGUUGCCAGCGGUUUGGAUGGUUCCCUUACUAAGGCCCGGUACCAUCUAAAACACGGCAUUUCUGAACAGAGGACGUCCUGCAGGGCUGUGGUAGAUAAUCUGUGCUUGGAACUGGAGGCAGUUCAAAACCUGCUGGGAACUAAACAGAGUGAGGCGGAAGCUCUGGGAGUCCUGCAAAGAUCUUUCAUGGAACGUAAAGAACAGCUACUGAAGAGUAUUGAAGAUACUGAGGAAAAGGCUGACAAGGAGGGCCUGAAGGAAGCAACACUACAAGCCCUCCAGCAAAGAUUGAGGGCCUUUAACCAGCUAGAUGAAGAAUUGAAUUCUUGCCAGCAUGAACUCCAGUGGCUCAUGGACAAAGCAAAACAAAUAGCCCAAAAAGACAUCACACUUGCUCCUGACAUCGACAAAGAGAUAAAUUACUUACAAUCUCUGUGGGAAGAUACCAAGAAAGUUAUACAGGAGAAAAAGGAGCAGUCCUGCAUUCUUAUUGAUCUGAUGAAGGAAUAUCAGAGCUUGAAGUCAACAGUAAUGAAAGUCAUAGACAGUGCUGUGAGUGCUUCCAUGAUCAAAUCCAUUUGGAAAGAUCGUGAAGAUGUCAGACGAACUUUAUCAAAGCAUGAAGCUGCCAAGACUGAUCUGAGUGAUAAACAAAAAGACCUGGAUACUUUCAGCAAUAAAGGAAAACAUUUGCUAGCAGAACUGAAAAGAGUGCAUAACUGUGACUCCACUGCGGUAAAAACAGAUAUGAACAGUACAGUGGACAAAUGGCUGGAUGUGUCUGAAAGAAUUGAAGGCAACAUUGACCGGCUGAGUAUAAGUGUGUCUCUAUGGGAUGACAUCCUGAAAUCUGGAGAUGAAAUGGAUGAAUGGUGCAAUAAGUGCCUUUCUCAACUGAAUGAAGGCAUCAACAACUUGAGUAACAGUCAGAGAAUGGAGAUACUCCUGAAAGACUUCCAGUCUGAAGUCAAGGAUAAAGAACUCAAGUUGGAGCAGCUUAGUUCCAAAAUUUCAGAACUCAAAGAACUGACCUACAGUCAAGAGCCUCCUGCAGAUCUCCAGUUUAUAGAAUCAGAUUUGAGGCAGAGGUUGGAACAUGCCAAAGAAAUGUCAGAGACAGCAAAAGAGAUGCUGAAAGAUUUCUGUACUCAGAAGAUGCAGUUACAUAAGUUUAUCAAUCAGAUGACAGACUGGUUAACAGAAGUUGAAGAAACACUGUUAAGCUGUGCAUGUAACCUGGAUCCUGAAUCUCUAAAUAAAGUGAAGGAAACACAAAAAGACCUUCAGCUUCAGCAGAGCAGCAUUGACUCGGCCCUUGAGAACCUCAACAGUCUGUGUCGCAAAUACCAUUCUGCAGAGCUGGAAGCUCUUGGUGGCACUGUCACUUCAUUAGUAAAGAAGUAUGAAGCUGUGAAUCUGCUCUGUUUCAGAACACAGGCCAGCAUGCAAGAGUCCUUGGAAAAACAUUUCCUCUGCUCUAUGCAAGAAUUCCAUGAAUGGUUUUCUGGUGUGAAGGCUGCAGUAAAAGAAUCAUCUGACAGGUCUGGAGACAGCAAAGCCAUAGAGACAAAGCUACAUGAUUUGCAGAGGGUGCUGGAUUCUGUUAGUGAGGGACAGAACAAGUUAGAUGCUGCCUGCAAGGAAGGAGAAAGUUUGUACGCUUGCUUACCCAAACCAGUUGUCAGCCAUAUUCAGGAGGAGAUAGCGAAGUCUAACCAGAACUUCCAGGAAUUCCUCAACCAGUGUCUGAAAGAUAAGGAAGCCCUGGAAGCUUGUGCCUCACACCUGGGAAGCUUUGAAGAUCAGCACAAGAAACUUGGCCUGUGGCUACACAGCAUGGAAGAAAGAAUAAGCACAGAAGCAAUAGGAGAGAACAAACAGCUUAUUUCUGAGAAGAAAAAGGAGAUACAGAAAGUGGAAAAGUUCCUGGAAGAGUUACUGAAUUCAAGGGAAUCUUUUGAUAAGCUGUCCCAAAUGGCACAGACCUUAGAUGAAGAAGGCCAUGGUACAGGGAGGGAAGUGCACCUGGCUUCUCAACAUCUCACCAGUUAUCAAAACAUGGUCAAAACUGUCAAGGAGAAGCUGAGAACAUGUCAGCUUGCACUGGAAGAGCAUCUCACUUUGGAGGAGGCAUUGCAGAGUAUGUGGUCAUGGGUGAAAGAGGUUCAAGAUAAGCUGGCAUCAUCAGAGAGCACUGUUGGUAGCAAAGCCACACUAGAGAGACGACUGACACAAAUUCAGGAGAUCCUCUUACUCAAAGGUGAUGGUGAAGUUAAGCUGAACAUGGCUAUUGGCAAAGGAGAACAAGCUCUUAGAAGCAGCAGUGAAGAAGGACAAAAGGUGAUACAAACUGAGCUGCAGACACUGAAGGAUGUAUGGAAUGACAUCAUCAGCACCUCAGUGAACUGGCAGAGUUGCCUGGAGUCUGUCAUUAACCAGUGGAAUGAAUACCUGGAAAGGAAAAACCAGCUGGAGCAGUGGUUGGAGAAAAUGGAUCACAAAGUGGAACAGCCUUUAGAAGCACAGAUUGGUCUGAAGGAGAAGUUUGCUCAACUGGACCACUUCCAGGCUAUUGUUUCUGAGAUAGAGGAUCACUCGGGUGAUUUACAGCAACUCAUUGAAAGGGCUGUGGAACUCUAUGAAAAAACAGAGGAUGAUUCCUUUGGAGAAGCAGCUCAAAAAGAACUAAAAACACAGUUCAGUGACAUCACAACCGUGGCUAAGGAGAAAAUGAGGAAAGUGGAAGAUAUUGUGAAGGAUCAUUUGCUAUACCUUGAUGCUGUGCAUGAAUUCACAGACUGGCUCCAUUCUGCAAAGGAAGAGCUGCAUCGCUGGUCAGAUACAUCUGGAGAUAAAUCAACCAUCCAGAAAAAGCUGGCCAAAAUCAAU